AUGCUUGAUAUUCUGGAGGUUUAUAUGCGAAUACGGGGAUACGCGUACAAGCGAUUGGAUGGGUCAACACCGGUGAUGGAAAGGCAGGAAAUGAUUAACGAGUUCAAUAAUGAUGAUGAUCUCUUUGUGUUCCUUUUAUCGACUCGUGCCGGAGGGUUAGGAAUCAAUCUAACAUCAGCGAAUCACAUUAUUCUUCACGACAUUGAUUUCAAUCCUUACAAUGACAAGCAGGCUGAAGACCGAUGCCACCGUAUGGGUCAGAAGAAAGAAGUGUUCGUCACCAAACUUAUCAGUAAGGACACUGUAGAGGUUGAUAUUCACUGCUUAGCGCGCAAGAAACUACAACUUGAAAAAGCAGUGACGGAUGGAAUUAAAGGGCAACUCGAAGAAGUAGAUGAAACGUCGCGAGUAUCUGGCUCCCUUGAAUCAAAGGAAGAAAAACUAGACAAUGAAACUUUAAACCAGCUGCUUACAAGUGCACUGAAACGGAAAUCAAGUGGCUGA